GUUACAAUCCAACAAAUAUCAUCAACUUUUAACUAUUACAUUCAUAAAAUGAAUAAUAAAUUGAUUUUUUUAUUCAUUAAAUUCAUUAAAAUGAUGUUAUUUUACUUAGAAUGUUUAAGUCGAUCAUACCGGUGGUGUUAUGCUGGUUUCAUGACCGACACAGGUUGAAUGCCACCGGCAUGAAAACCAUGAUUUGCACAGCUCUAAUUGCAGUAAAGAAGGGGAAAGUAUUAAACAAUGGACUUCUGUAGGCUCUUUAUGUUAUGGAUGAGCGGCGAUACAGUGGAGGACAUGCAGGCACGGCUGCAGCCGUAAAAGUGCUCUGCCGUUGCCGUACAUCCAUCUCUGAAACAGCCACAGGUUAGGCACCGGCACCGGCACCGGCACCGGCACCGGUGGUAAUUGAGAUGUAUUAUUUUCCAAAUAUUCACAAAUCUCGUGAAUUUUAUCAUGGUGUUGUAUGUUUUACUCCACUUUGUCCAGCCUAUUUUUGUAUACGCCCAAAAUAUCCUUACUUUUUUCCUUCCAAUUUUGAUAAAGCCUUUCUCCGUUUAUAUCUCACUGAAUCCAUCUCCACAUUCUCCUUCGUGUUCGCCGUCUUUGAAUCUUUCAUGGUCUCUAGUGAAUCAAAAAUGUUCUUUUUAUUCCCUUCUUGAUUGUCAGUCAGUCGGCAACUCAUCUGGAUUAAUAAUCGUAACUGUCGAAAAUGUCGUUACACGCUUACACUUUUCUUUGUCAUCUACAUCAUUAUAGAAGUCUCUGGAUACGUUAACGGCGAAUCUAUGUUUUCACAAGGAUUAGAAAAGAAGAUUGAUUUCUAUUUCUUUAAUAGGGAAAGGGUAAAUGGGUAUUUAAUCCAUUUUAAAUGGAAAUACCAUAACAAUAAUACUAACCCUAUUCAAACAUCAUGCUCGUUAAAAUAUCACAUGUUAUAUAGUAUUGUGAUAUGAAAUGCGAGAAUUGCCCACAGAUGCCACAUUUACACUAAUAAUUUCAAAUCGAGUGGAGAAAUUCAAAGAAAGAACAUUGAUCGUCGAUUGUAGUGCAAACCAAAUUUACCUGGCCCUAAGGCCAUGAUUGUAUUUUCCUAUAUCCUCUCUCGGAACCCUAAAUUCAAAAGUGGUGUAUGGUUCUAUUAAAGAGUAAGUUUAUUUAGGAGGUUGAGGUGCCUCUAGUUUUAAAGAACGUAAGAGCUUGAAAGUUAAAGCGGCACAAAAAAGAAAUGUCUACACUAAUGGAACGAAUGAGAGAUUAGAGAAGGAAGGGUUCCAUAGGCAUGCUUCCGUAUGUCUCCUAACCAUGUAUUAUGAUCCAAGUCAUGUCUUGCCAGUCUUAAGAGAAUCUGCUUAUCGCGCUGCCGAGGGCACGAUCUCCCAGGUUGUUGGUGUCAAAUCAUGCAAUAUACCCGUCUAGGCGAACUCGCAUAAGCGCGUCAUUCUACAUCUUGGAUCGUACUUUGAUGUCUAGCACAUACGAGCUACCAAUUUCGUAUUUUGUUAGAUCCCACCAGGACCCUUCGGAUUUCUCCCUUUAGUCCUAUCCUAAGCGACUAGGAUUUCAAUCCUUGCACCUCGAAGGAGUGCAAGCUCGGCUUAAACUUUCAUUUGAGUCAAUAAAUAACAAAAUAGAGUAAAUUAAACAUUAAUACAUAGGAAAUAAACACAAUCACACUAACCAAAAAUGGAGUGUACGUUGUUAGAAACCCUAAGGUUCACAUACUUAUGUAAUUAAAGAACUUAGCUAGGCAUGGGGAGGGGUUCCUGAGUGUUCAUCGAUCGAAACAAAGACCCAAUAAUGCCAACAUGAAACGACAAUGAUAAUAUAGAAAAUAGGCCAAGAGGCACCGUUUCUGGCAUCGUUUCUCCCUCGAACGUUGGUCUCGUUCUAAGUCAAGAGGGUUGCUCUGCCGACAGAGUGAGGACCCUUCCUUGACCUCUUGUCUCUUCCUCCCCGAUUUCUUGGCUCGUUCUAACUAUAACUUCCCAAUCGAAGGCCAAGUUUACCCAACAAUCGGGUGUAGCAUAGGGAAAACAAGUAAUAAAAUUAUUGAACCACGGAUCUCUAGAUGUACCUUAAUUUGGCCUAAGUUUCGUUAUCUAGCCAACCUAGAAUAGUUAUUAAGAAACCGAUCUAGCUAAACUAACCUAACCACUAUCCUAACUAAUUACAAGUUACGAGCUCUCUUAGCUUGAAUCCCCUUAGCUUCUCAAAUGGAUCGAUGUUGAUAAAUUCCCCAGAUCGAUUGACUCAAUACCUCUACAAUUAGGAGAUUGACUCCUUCCGAGAUUGACUCAGAAAUGUGUAUCGAUGAAUUGGUAUUGCUGAAUUGAAUUGGUAGUCCUCUAUUCAACCUCGGAAAUCAUAUGUCGUCAAGAGAUCAAAUGAAUCGACUCCCUCGGGAAUUAAACCAGAAUUACAUAGAUUGAGGAGUGGCCCUAAUUGCCAAGAAUGUUCCAAAAGGGAUUGUCUCCCUCCUAGGUUAAAAAUCCCCAAAUUGAGGGUUGGAAACCAAAUUCAUCAAUUGCAUGAAAAUUACUCAAUUUAGUAGAUAAAAGAGACACCCAAUCAUAAGGUUGUCACAAGCAUCAACAUUCAACACAUAAUUAACAACUAGGGUUUAUCAAACUAAGAGAAUAGAGCUAAAUCAUAGAGAGAAGAGAGACUACAAAUUGGAGCACAAGAUCUUCAUCCUUCAUCUUCUACACUUGAUUCCUUGACUCCAAGCUUGAACAAUGCGUCUCGUUAAGCUCCAAAAUCACUCAAGAUCUCUCUCUCUAGAAAUGCCUAUUUGGUGUUUUUGGUCAGAACCUUUAUGGAAAACAGAUUGAAGGUCACGGUCAACUACCUUUCUCUCUCCCAACUGCCUUCUAUUUAUACAGCCUAAGUGCCCAAAUCACGGGCUGAAGAUCACGACCAUGAUCUUGACAUCUAGGUCGUGAUCUCGGCCAAAAUCAUUGUCGUUUCAUGCCCAACUUUAGAGUCUUCGUUGCAAAGAUCAUGGUCUGACACCGUGAUCUCGACCUUGCCUGCUAGACGCACAACGAGACGCAUUGUUCAAGCUUGGAGUCGGUUUGUGAAAUUAGCAUAUAUAGAUAUACUUUUAAUUUCCCAUAAAUAUGUUUUAGCAGGCCUAAUUAACCUGCCCGUUUAUGGCUCCCGUUUAUUUUUUUUAGCGGGCCUCAAUUUAACAGGCCCAAGAAAUUACUACUUUGGCACAAAUGCCCUUCCGCCAAUUAAAGGCUGCCUUACGAUGGCUGAUGUGGCACAAAUCUCAUAUAUACUCCUCUAUAUAUGUGUUAAUAACAAUUUACAAUCAAAUUGAUAUAAAAUAUUUCCUUCUAUUAAACUAUAGGAAAUUUAAAAGGAGCACCUCCACCACAUCUCUCCUCCCUCUCCUCCACACCUCUUUUUUUCCAGCCACUAAUAAGUCUCUAAUACACUCCCCACAUUUUUAUGACAUAUAAAUACCUUCUUUUCUCCCUUCCACCACCUUUUUCUUCUCAUUUCUCUCUGAUUCAAUAACUUUUUUCUUCCUUCCACAAUAAUCACCGUAAAGCUCUUUCUCUCUCUCUCUCUAUUCUUUUGUUUUUUCCUUUAUUCGUCAUGAAAUCAUAUGCAGAAAUGCAACCCACCUAGCUAAUUGUUAGAAUUUGUUUUUUAUUUUCCUUUUCACUACCACGAUCAUGCAUUCAUGAUUCAAAUUCAUAGCAACACGAAUAUAAGAGAAAAUUUACAAUUUUGAUUAUCGAUAUAUAAAACACUUUUAUGUCGUCGUUAUCUUCUCAGCCAUCAAAGAAGGCAAUGCGUAACCCCGGUGCGCCAAACGCGAGCCAACAAGGUGGGAACCGGAAUGCGAGCGGGAGCGGGCAAACUGUGAAAUUUGCCCGUCGAACGUCCAGUGGGCGAUACGUCAGCCUAUCGAGAGAGGACUUGGACAUGUCCGACGAGAUAUCCGGCGACUACAUGAACUACACCGUCCACAUCCCUCCCACCCCGGACAACCAGCCGAUGGACACCUCAUCGGUGGCGGUGAAAGCCGAGGAACAGUACGUGUCGAAUUCCUUGUUCACCGGUGGCUUCAACAGCGUCACCCGCGCUCACCUCAUGGACAAGGUCAUCGACUCCGAGGUCACUCAUCCCCAGAUGGCUGGUGCCAGGGGAUCUUCUUGCGCCAUGGCUGCUUGCGACGGGAAAGUCAUCAAGGAUGAGCGUGGCAACGAUGUCAUCCCUUGCGAGUGCAGGUUCAAAAUCUGCAGAGAUUGCUACAUGGACGCUCAAAAAGAUGGUGGGUUAUGUCCAGGAUGCAAAGAGCCAUACAGACAUGGGGACUACGACGACGACGUAUCUGAUUUCUCCAAAGGGGCGCUGCCAUUGCCGCCACCGAACAAAGGAGAUUCCAGCAACAUGUCCAUGAUGAAACGCAACCAAAAUGGAGAGUUCGAUCACAAUCGUUGGUUAUUCGAGACCAAAGGCACGUAUGGCUAUGGAAAUGCCUACUGGCCACCUCCGGACGACGUGUACGGCGACGAUGGUGGCGACGAGGGUUUCAAUGGCGCGUCCAUGUUGGAAAGGAACGACAAACCUUGGCAGCCCCUUAGUCGAAAGAUGUUGGUCGACUCCUCGAUCCUCAGCCCUUACCGCCUUCUCAUCGUGAUCCGAUUCGUGGUGUUGGGGUUCUUCCUGCAAUGGAGGAUCACUCAUCCCAACAGAGAUGCAGUGUGGCUGUGGGCUAUGUCCAUCACAUGUGAGCUCUGGUUCGCCUUCUCUUGGAUUCUUGAUCAAAUCCCGAAACUAUGCCCCGUUUAUCGAUUGACCGACCUCGAGGUGCUGAAGGAAAAAUUUGAGAUGCCAUCUCCAUCCAACCCCACUGGCCGCUCCGACCUCCCAGGUGUAGACAUGUUCGUCUCCACGGCAGAUCCUGAGAAGGAACCACCGCUCAUCACUGCCAACACUAUUCUCUCCAUCUUGGCGGUAGACUACCCUGUGGAGAAGCUUGCGUGUUACAUAUCUGACGACGGAGGUGCAUUGUUGACAUUCGAGGCCAUGGCAGAGGCUGCAAGUUUCGCCGACCUAUGGGUCCCCUUCUGUCGAAAGCACAACAUCGAGCCGAGAAAUCCUGACAGCUAUUUCAGCUUGAAAGUGGACCCAACCAAGAACAAGAGCAGGUCCGACUUUGUCAAGGACAGGAGAAGGAUGAAGCGGGAGUACGACGAGUUCAAAGUGAGGAUCAACAGCCUGCCGGAUUCGAUACGCAGGCGGUCUGAUGCUUUCAAUGCCAGAGAAGAGAUGAAGAUGUUGAAGCACAAGAGGGAGAGUGGGGCUGACCCAUUGGAACCCAUUAAGAUUCAGAAGGCUACAUGGAUGGCGGAUGGUACCCACUGGCCCGGAACGUGGGCUGCUUCAGCCCCUGACCAUGCCAAAGGAGACCACUCUGGGAUUCUGCAGGUCAUGCUCAAGCCGCCUAGCACCGACCCUCUAAUGGGCGGAUCCGAUGACAAGAUUCUCGACUUCACCAAUGUCGACAUUCGCCUCCCGAUGUUUGUCUAUGUGUCGCGUGAGAAGAGACCAGGGUAUGACCACAACAAGAAAGCUGGUGCGAUGAACUGUUUGGUCAGGGCGUCUGCGAUUCUCUCCAAUGGCCCAUUCAUGCUGAAUCUCGAUUGCGAUCACUACAUUUACAACUGCAAGGCCAUAAGAGAAGGCAUGUGUUUCAUGAUGGAUAGAGGUGGGGAGAACAUCUGCUACAUUCAGUUCCCUCAGAGAUUUGAAGGGAUUGAUCCUUCUGAUCGGUAUGCCAACAAGAACACCGUCUUCUUCGAUGGUAACAUGCGUGCCCUCGAUGGCCUGCAAGGUCCGGUGUACGUGGGCACGGGUUGUAUGUUUCGGAGGUUUGCACUCUACGGGUUCGAUCCACCGAAUCCUGACAAGACUCAACCCAAGGAUGAUUCCUCCUCCGCUGAGACGCAUCCCUUGACUACUACCGAUUUCGAUCCCGAUCUCGACCUCAAUCUGCUGCCCAAAAGGUUUGGCAACUCGACGAUGCUAGCUGAAUCCAUACCUGUUGCGGAGUACCAAGCUCGACCCUUAGCUGACCAUCCUGCUGUCAAAUACGGACGCCCUCCUGGUGCUCUCAGAGUUCCCAGGGAACCGCUCGAUGCCACCACUGUCGCUGAAGCCGUGUCUGUAAUCUCUUGCUGGUACGAGGAUAAAACAGAGUGGGGAGACCGUGUGGGGUGGAUCUACGGCUCAGUGACAGAGGACGUGGUGACAGGUUACCGCAUGCACAACCGCGGCUGGCACUCCGUCUACUGCGUCACCAAGCGAGACGCAUUCCGCGGAGGAGCUCCGAUCAACCUGACGGACCGGCUCCACCAGGUGCUGAGGUGGGCGACGGGGUCGGUGGAGAUCUUCUUCUCGAGAAACAACGCCUUCCUCGCCUCCAGGAAGCUCAUGCUGCUGCAGCGACUCUUCUACAUCAACGUCGGCAUCUACCCUUUCACGUCCAUCUUCCUGAUCGUGUACUGCUUCCUCCCGGCGCUGUCCCUCUUCUCGGGGUCCUUCAUCGUGGAGAGCCUCAACAUUGCUUUCCUGGUGUACCUGCUGAUCAUCACCUGCUGCCUCAUCGGACUCGCCGUCCUGGAGGUCAAGUGGUCGGGGGUCGGGCUGGAGGAAUGGUGGAGGAACGAGCAGUUCUGGCUCAUCUCUGGGACCAGCGCGCACCUGGCCGCGGUGGUGCAGGGCCUGCUCAAGGUCAUUGCCGGGAUCGAGAUAUCAUUCACCCUGACUUCCAAAGGAGCAGGGGACGACAACGACGACAUCUACGCGGAGCUGUACCUGGUGAAGUGGACUUCCCUCAUGAUUCCUCCGAUCGUGAUCGCGAUGACCAACAUCAUAGCCAUGGCGUGGGCGGUCAUCAGGACGAUCUACAGCGCGGUGCCGCAGUGGAGCAAGCUGGUGGGUGGCGGGUUUUUCAGCUUCUGGGUGCUGGCGCACCUCUACCCUUUCGCCAAAGGGCUGAUGGGGAGGAGAGGGAAGACUCCGACCAUUGUGUUUGUGUGGUCGGGCUUGAUAGCCAUCACGCUCUCUCUUCUGUGGAUUGCUAUUAGCCCGCCGGCCGUCGUCAACACUCCGACGCAACCCGGUGGAACGGGUGGUGGUUUCCAGUUCCCCUAAUAAUCCUCCAGCCCAGCUGAGGGCUCGUAUGGAAAGCUGCGACUUCUUAUAUAUGCUUUUGUUUUUGUUUUUGUUUUUUUGUUGUAGCUCUGUAAACAUUUCAAUACCAGACAGACAAACAGGCAGGCAGAGACACAAACAGGGUCACAGGGCUUGCCCUAAACCGAAGCAGAGUAGAACUAGCUCUUUUAAGUUGUUAUGCAAUCUGAUUUGUAAACUAGGGAAGAAGACAUGGGAAAGGAGAUUCCAGUUUUCAUCUGUAACUCACUUCUUUCGACCAUUUUAAAAACGUGUUAUGUCAAAUGCUGACAGAGCCUUGUGGAAUGAAUGCAUUAUAUUAUGUGUUGCAGGCUUGCAGCAGAAAGAAAUCCCAAAACAGAGAUGGCAGGACAUCCCACUAGAACUAACCGACUUCAAGAGCACAAUUGCACUGAACAACCCUUUUCCGAACCAAAAGUCUGAGCAGGUCGUGAGCGGUUUGGCUCAUUUGCAGUCAUAUGCACAGCGCUUUCCAGCUUCAAAAUGCGCUGGUGCAACGAUGCAUUUCAAACUGUCGGGUACAAGUUUUGCUCCUCAAUUUCACCUAGGCUUUGGCUGGGAGUAGCAAUUUGAAGGCAUGCGGCCACCAACGUAGAUUCAUCAUCGCCCUGUUCAUCGAGACUACUAUUUCCAUCAAUAACUAAUGCAAUUAAUUUUUUUUUUUCUUGUGACAAUCAUGAAACAGCAUGAUAAACACAAUGAUCAAACGUAUUAUUUAGCAUAUAUGUCAACUAAUCGCCAUUGUCUUUAAAUUACAAGUAGUAUUCAUGCAUGGCGAUAAUAAAGUUACUACUACAAUACAAUGUCAAGAAAAGCAUGGUUAGCUCUUCCCAGUUGACUACGGGUAAUGAAAAUGCCCUGGCAGUUGGCACUACCAAAUCAUGUCUAUGGGGGGAGAUGCUACAUUAAUGUUUCCUCAGUCAUUCCUAAGCAAUUUAAAGGACCUUCUAGUCUCGAGUUGGAGCAUAUCCACAGCUUAACCAUCAGACUGCUCGAAUGGUACUCGCACAAAUAACUGACCGUGCAAGGUCACUACUGCGGAUGUUUGAUGAGGAUCGAUCCUUGAAGGGAGGCUAACCACCUGCAAGUCAACAACCGAUGUAAGGCUCUGUUUCCCGCAUUAACACUUAUCAUCCAGCCAAAAUGAGGCCUAGCGGCUUAGAGAAGUUGGCCUGUGUUUCUCUAUAAGAGAGUUGGAUGUCUCGUGAUGACAAAAGUUAAAAACGAAUGGAACAAGAGAAGAGGUCAAUGCCAACAAGCUUUUCCAACUGAAGCUUGUAAAGGCAUCCGCUUCAGUCAUUCAAAACUCACCUUUUUAAAUGGAGUGACACCCCAGGGAUUUUCAAGUUGUUCUGGUUGACCAGAUAUAACCAAGCGCCCAGCUGCAUCAGACUGAACAUGAACCUGCACAUGAAAUUGUUCCAAAUAUCAUCAGGACACCCACGGUAGAGCUAGGCUAAUCACAAACUAAUGCCAGAGAAUAACACAAUCGUCCAUUUCCCACAGGCCACAAUUGCCACCGCACUUAAUAACUGGCCAAGCGGUUG